GCCAAAUCAGUAGUUUCAGGAGAAAAAGAGGAAGGCUGGAGGUGCCACUGCAGAGGAGGGGAGAGGCCAGGCUCAGCAGUCUGAGGAAGGCCAGCUCACCUCUCCUGUGGGGACACCAGCACCAACGUGUAAAUGGCCUCCAAACGGCGCUCGCAGGCUGCAGGGCCCGUGAUUUUCAAGAAGCUGCCUCGCCUGGAGCCCGCCCCCAGCUUCCUGCCCAGCAAAAUCCCAGGCACGUGCAGCCCCGUGGCCCAGCCUGCCUCUGAAAACCAUUUCAGCUACAAGGGCUCCUACUUUGCCUGCCCGCUGCAGAGCCCCAAGGGCCCCGAGCAGCCCCCGGCUGGCUGGAGCCCCACGCCCACCUACCUGCACCACGGCCCCGCUGCCCUGGGCCAGCCUGUGCCGGCCGAGGGGCCCCUGCUGGGCUUCCUGCUGUACCCCCCAGAGAGCCCGGGCACCAGGCUGCAGCCCCCGGACACCCAGAGGAGCAAGGACAGCCUGAGCCAGGAGCAGCUUAUGGCCAGAAAGAAGCUGGACAGUCCCAGGUGCCCCUUGCCGGUGAAGAAGCCAGUAGUGGUGAAGAAGGCAGCUCCUCUAGCAAUCCCCAAGCCGGUGUACGGAGCCCCUGCCUCCUUCCUGGCUCCCAGGAUGACUCUGCUACUGGGAACACAAACAGAGAGCCUGCAGCAGCGACCCGGGGAGGCAAACUGGGCCCUGCCCCCUGCCGCCUAUCCUCUGCACCCCAGCGAGCCCCACAGGAGUGGUACUGGUGCUGACCAGAGCCUCCUGCCGCUGCCCUCCAGCCUGGCCCUGCCUUCCAGGGAGCAGCUGACUUCCCCAGCCACCUUACCCCACUACUGUGUCACCUUUGACAAGUAUGGGCCACCCCCCAGCUCCCCGUUCCUGGAAGCAAGUUGUCCCUCUGCCCACAGCCAGAAGGUGCCGGAGGUCCCCAGCCUCAGCCUGGAGCCCUGGCCCAAGCUCCAGCCACCUGACGCCAGCCCAGUGAUCCAGGAGAGGUCAGCAAUGUGCUUCCCACCCCCUCCAUACCCGCUGUCACCCCACAGACCUGGCCCCCUCUACCACUGUGCCCCAGCUCCCACUGUGGGGGAGCCCAGUGCCCUGCCCAGCUUUGGCUACGUGGGAAGUAGGGAGCCCUUUCCCAGCACCUACCUCAAGUCCCAGGAGCCCAGGGGUUUCUUUCCCAGCCCCUUGGAGCCCUACGUGCCCAGGACAGUGGGUGCCAGGCUGGGGGCAGUGCUGGGGGAUGCUGAGCCCCCCAGGGAUGCCGAGCUGCCCAGGAACAGCGGGUACCCAGGCUUUGCCCUCAGCCCGGGCAAUGCAUCCGUGUUCCACGGCUCCUUUCCCAGCACGGAGCCGGGCUGUGAGCAGCACAGGGCAGACAGCCCGCAGUGGGCAGCAGCACCGAGGCACAGCAGCGCCUUCCAGCCUGUCUGCAGCCCAGAGAGGCUUUCUGGGGGCUCCGGUGGGCUCACUGAGACAUUUCCUGAGAGAGCAGGGAGCUGGGAGAAACCCAGGCAAGGGGAGGAGGAGGCCCUGUAUCCAGAGAAGAGGAACAGCAGCCUGGCCCCUCAGGACACCCCCUGUGGGGGACCAGGGGAAGGAAAUGCCUGCAAGGUCAAGGAUCCAGCCAGGGAGCUCAUCUGCCUUUCUCCAUCCGUGACCCCCAUCAAAGGGCUGGAAGAGCUGAGGGACACCAAGGCUUCCUCAUCCUCCCCACCCAUGCCUGUGAUCCACAACGUCUUCAGCCUGGCACCUUACCAGGAGUACCUGGAGAAGGCCAAGGGCACAGACCCCAUCCUGUUCUGCAAGAACCAUCAGUGGGAGGACUCCUCUCCCCAAAACACGGGUGGCAGCCAGGAGCCUGCUGCCCUCAGAGACGUCUCAGUGGUGUCCAGCCUGAGGAAGGGCACUGAUGCAGUGCAGAGCCAAGAGGAAAGCUGUUACAGGAGCAUCCCUAAAAAGCCAAAGCCUGUGCCCCAAGAGCUGGAGUCUCAGGAAGGCAGGGUGGGCACUGAGGAGCUGCCCCCAAAGGAAACAGUGCUGGACCUUAGCUUCAAGAAGAGACUGCUAGAAGCUGGGAACACCCAGAGAGCCAGUGGGUGUGGGGAGGGGACACUGGACCAAGAGGAAAAGGUGGAGAAAGAGGCUGCAGGAGGGAAAGAGGGGUUGGGAGAGGGAGCACAGCCUCGGGUGCCUGAGGCGGACUCAGGGGACAGGAGCAACUUCCAGAGCUCAGCCAAGUUCAUGUUCCAAAAAUACAAGGUGCUGCCCUCCCUCCCGGCCAGCACUGAGCCCCCCCAGCAGGAUGGCAGCUCUCAAGCCCCCCAGCCCAGCCCCCCCAGCAGCACCCCCACACCAGCUCCCCCAGUCCCCUGUCCAUCCAGCAACCCCCCACUGCCCCCGCCUGGCCCCCAGCUCAGCAUCAUCCUGGCCCCAGACCCUCCUCAGCUGGUGCUUCCCCAAGGCCCCUCCAGUGCAGAGGAGGAGAAGGUGCUGGUGCUCAAGAAGGUUGGUGUUGUCCCCUCAGGGAUCCCCUCGGGGCGCUACUUCAGCACCCUGCACACCUUGCUGUGUGACACCAUUUCGGGCUCGGUGUCCCGCUCCUCCCCGCAGCUCCUGCGGCAGUGGCUGAAGAAGGCUGAGCUGGCAGCAGAGCUGGGAGAGAUGGCCAAAUCCCUGCCCAGCCCCAAGAACGGCUCCAAGGCUGCCAGUCCUCAGCAGGCCAGCAACGGCAAGGAGAUCUGGCUGGCUUUCCAGGACGUGGCCGCGCUCCUCAGCAAACUGCUCUCCCAGCUGAAGACCUUCACGUCCGCUUGCCCUUUCCCGCACGUGGUCCGGGCGGGAGCCAUCUUCAUCCCCAUCCACGUGGUGAAGGAGAAGCUCUUCCCAAAGCUGCCCGGCAGCUUCGUGGACCAAGUGCUGCAGAAGCACAAGGUGGAGCUGCGUCCCACCACGCUCUCCGAGGAGAAGCACCUGAGGGAGCUGGAGCUGAAGAGCUGCACCUCCCGCAUGCUGAAGCUCCUGGCCAUCAAGCGGCUUCCCGAAAUCUACCCUGACCUGCUCAACCUCCACUGGCACAGCUCCAUCCAGCAGCAGCUGGGUUCAAGCUCAGAGACUGGCCAGCAGCCUUCCAAGUAGCCCUGACAUGGAGGCACUGAAAGCUGAUGGCAAAGCAACAGCCACAAGAUCAAGGGAAAGGAGGCACUGAGGAAUGUGCCAAGGGCAACAGCCAAAUGGUGACGGGAAAGGGAAGGUCCCGAGUCCUCAGAGCUGUGGAUGCCAACACCACCAGCAGCCCUGCAGGCACGUGCUCAGUUCCCACCACCAUCAGGAUCCUCCAGGAUGCUGAUACCUUGGCAGGGACCCUCUGGGGAUGCUGGAGAACAGCUCAGGGGUGCUCCAGGGAUGCACACAGCGAUGCUGCUGCUGGGUUAUCUGGGCCCACGGCCAUGGGCUCGAGCCCUUCACAGCAGCUGGAGCUGCUUUUCUUUGGAUGGAUCAUCUUUCAGCAUAUCUCCUGCUGAAAUCCGUGAUUGCCCUGGUAAGCUGAGAGACAAUGGCUGGAGUUCCAGUGGAGCUGGAGCAAGAGGAGCAUGGAAAUGGCCACAGCACCGUUCCCAGCCUUGGAAAAAUGAACUGCAGGGACGACAUCCCACCACCUCCUCUGAAUUCCCCCUCCUGCUUUGUCCAUGCCUUUCCCAAUAAACAUCCCCUUCCUCUGGGAUUUUCACCUUUAAAGUGCCAUAAAGGCCUGGCACAACAGCAAGGGCAAGGAAUUGUGACUUCCAUAGUCCCAGGACUAAGUUGGUUUUCUCUUAAAUUAAGACAUUUUACAAAUGUUCUGGAUUAACCUUUAUAAGGAGUUGCUGCCUUCAGGUCAUGUGUUUUGGGUUGGUUUUUUUCUUUAAAUACAGUAAUUUAUAUGAGUCUUUCUAUUUAAACUAAAAGGCUGCAAGAAAGAUUUGAAGACUCUUAAAGAAACGAAAACCAGUUCACAUGCCAGAUCCUGACCCAAAGGAGAAUGUGGGAGAUGCACAUUUAGGGACCACCUUGGUGCCCCUGAAGGGGCAGAGAGGGCAAUGAUGCUGCCAGACCUUGGAAGGAGGGAUCCUUUCAUCACAAAGGGUUAUGGGCAUGCCAGGAGGGAUGUGGGCAUGCCAGGACUAAUGGACAGCCCCUCACCCAGGGGUGCAGCAGGGUACACAGCAGAGGCCUUAAAAACUCAUCGCUCAGGUGUUCUUCAAGCUGCUGCAGGGUAUGGAAGAACAAAACAAGGGUUAUUCAAUUUUUUAUUUCACUACAGGGAAUAUUUAUUAAGCUAAAAAGAUGGGGUUGGGUGGAAAUGACCCUACCCACACUGUACUUAUUUUAGCCAAAAGGUGUGUUUGCUACUGGGAGAUUUCUGUGGGUGCCUUCCUGGUUUUCUUCUUCCUGGGGGAUGGGGUGGCAGUGGAUGGGACAGGUAAGGGGGAUGCUGCUGUUCUCCUCACUCCCCCCCACCACUCCAUGCCUGUGCACAGUGAUUUGGAAAGCAGUGUUUGUUAAUAAUGUUGUUUUUGUACAUAUAUAAGGUUCCAGGGAAGAAAGCUCCUUCCCUUUAUUUAAUUUUUUGAUAAGAAUAUGAAGAGUUGCCUCA